GAGCUGGUCGCGCGCUGGGCCGAGCCGCGCGGAACAUGGUGGAUUACCACGCAGCGGGGCAGCCCUACCAGUGCGGCGGCUACGGGCCCGGCUCGCUCGGCGACUACAUGGCGCAGGAGGACGACUGGGACCGGGACCUGCUGCUCGACCCCGCCUGGGAGAAGCAGCAGCGCAAGACUUUUACGGCGUGGUGCAAUUCUCACCUGCGGAAAGCUGGCACGCAGAUCGAGAACAUAGAUGAAGAUUUCCGCGAUGGCCUCAAACUCAUGUUGCUCUUGGAGGUCAUUUCAGGGGAGCGAUUACCCAAACCAGAGCGAGGAAAAAUGAGAGUGCAUAAAAUCAACAAUGUGAAUAAAGCUCUAGACUUCAUCGCGAGCAAAGGAGUUAAGCUGGUCUCUAUAGGAGCUGAAGAGAUUGUAGAUGGCAAUGCAAAGAUGACAUUGGGCAUGAUCUGGACAAUUAUCCUUCGAUUUGCCAUUCAGGACAUUUCUGUGGAAGAGACCUCUGCCAAGGAAGGGCUGCUGCUGUGGUGUCAGAGGAAGACGGCGCCCUACAAGAACGUCAAUGUACAAAAUUUCCACAUCAGCUGGAAGGACGGUCUUGCUUUCAAUGCCUUGAUCCACAGACACAGACCAGAGCUCAUUGAAUACGACAAGCUCAGAAAGGAUGAUCCUGUGACGAACCUGAACAACGCCUUUGAGGUGGCUGAGAAAUACCUGGACAUCCCCAAGAUGUUGGAUGCCGAGGAUAUUGUAGGCACUCUCAGGCCCGAUGAGAAGGCUAUCAUGACAUACGUUUCCUGCUUCUACCAUGCUUUCUCGGGGGCUCAAAAGGCUGAGACAGCAGCGAACCGGAUUUGCAAAGUGCUGGCUGUGAACCAGGAGAACGAGCACCUGAUGGAGGACUAUGAGAAACUGGCAUCUGAUCUGCUGGAGUGGAUUAAACGCACUAUCCCCUGGCUGGAGGACCGCGACCCACAGAAGACCAUUCAAGAGAUGCAGCAAAAACUGGAAGAUUUCCGUGACUACAGGCGCGUCCAUAAACCUCCCAAAGUGCAGGAGAAGUGUCAGCUGGAGAUAAACUUCAACACUUUGCAGACUAAACUCCGGCUGAGCAACAGGCCUGCCUUCAUGCCCUCGGAGGGCAAGAUGGUCUCGGACAUUAAUAAUGGCUGGCAGCACUUGGAACAGGCAGAGAAAGGCUAUGAAGAGUGGCUGCUGAACGAGAUCAGGAGGCUAGAGCGACUGGACCACUUGGCUGAGAAGUUCAGGCAGAAAGCCUCCAUCCAUGAGUCCUGGACUGAAGGGAAGGAAGCCAUGCUGAGGCAGAAGGACUACGAAACUGCCACCCUGUCAGACAUCAAAGCCCUGAUCAGGAAGCACGAGGCCUUCGAGAGCGACCUGGCAGCUCACCAGGACCGCGUGGAGCAGAUCGCUGCCAUUGCCCAGGAGCUCAAUGAACUGGAUUACUACGACUCCCCCAGUGUGAACGCUCGAUGCCAGAAGAUCUGUGACCAGUGGGAUGCUCUGGGGUCCCUGACCCACAGUAGGAGAGAAGCCCUUGAGAAAACAGAGAAGCAGCUGGAGACCAUUGACCAGCUGCACCUGGAAUACGCCAAGAGGGCAGCGCCGUUCAACAACUGGAUGGAGAGUGCCAUGGAAGACCUCCAGGACAUGUUCAUUGUCCACACCAUAGAGGAGAUCGAGGGCCUGAUUGCAGCUCACGAUCAGUUCAAAUCCACCCUGCCGGAUGCUGACAAAGAGCGCGAGGCCAUCCUGGGCAUCCAGAACGAGGCUCAGCGGAUUGCGGACUACAACAACAUCAAGCUGUCUGGGAACAACCCGUACACGUCGGUUACCCCGCAGAUCAUCAACGCCAAGUGGGAAAGGGUUCAGCAGCUGGUGCCAAAGAGGGACCACGCUCUGCAGGAUGAGCAGAGCAAGCAGCAGUCCAAUGAGCACUUGCGCCGGCAGUUUGCCAGCCAGGCCAACAUCGUUGGGCCCUGGAUACAGACCAAAAUGGAGGAAAUAGGGCGCAUCUCCAUCGAGAUGAAUGGCACGCUGGAGGACCAACUGAAUCACCUCAAGCAGUAUGAGCAGAGCAUUGUGGACUACAAGCCCAACAUCGACCUGCUAGAGCAGCAGCACCAGCUCAUCCAGGAGGCGCUGAUCUUCGAUAACAAGCACACUAACUACACCAUGGAGCAUAUUCGCGUUGGCUGGGAGCAGCUCCUCACCACCAUCGCCCGCACCAUCAAUGAAGUGGAGAACCAGAUCCUAACCCGCGAUGCCAAGGGAAUCAGCCAGGAGCAGAUGCAGGAAUUCCGGGCUUCCUUUAACCACUUUGACAAGGACCACGGCGGUACCCUGGGACCUGAGGAGUUCAAAGCCUGCCUCAUCAGCUUGGGAUACGAUGUGGAAAAUGACAGACAGGGAGACGCCGAGUUCAACCGGAUAAUGAGUGUUGUGGAUCCCAACAACAGCGGGAUUGUGACCUUCCAGGCCUUCAUCGACUUCAUGUCCCGAGAGACAACUGACACAGACACAGCUGACCAGGUCAUUGCCUCCUUCAAGGUCCUGGCUGGAGACAAGAACUACAUCACAGCGGAGGAGCUGAGGCGAGAGCUGCCACCAGACCAAGCGGAAUACUGCAUCGCUCGCAUGGCACCAUACCAGGGUCCCGACGCUGUCCCUAGGGCCCUGGACUACAAGUCCUUCUCCACGGCACUGUACGGCGAGAGCGACCUGUGAGCUGGUGGCGGCGGCAGCAAGCGCUGGCGCUUUGACAGCAGGAGCGAAGGCCUGAUUCUCUGCUCUGCAUUUACACACACAAACUGUCCUGCAGUGGUCGUCGCCCCUCCUCGCCUCCAGACGAUGGAAAGCCACGUUCGCAUUGGGGGAUCCUGGGAGUUAGCCUACGUUCCGGUUAUUAUUGCAUAUUAUAUGAACCAUGUACCUAUGCAAUGAUUAUUUUUCACUUUGCUCUGUUAAACAUGUAGGGAGGGCGGGCUUGAAAUGUUUUUUUUUUCUCACAUUUAAUUGCUUUGGGAUGUCUUGGCAAGGGGGAAAAAGGGAGAGUCUGAAAACAUACAAGUGGCUCUGGUUCAGAUGGUUAUUUUUGUUAAAUAUAUCCCGGUCUAUUUUUUCAACUGAGCUUAAAAAAAAACAAAUAAUUCUGACUGGUAUGUUUUUGAAAUUGAACCUUUUUCCUUUGUCUCUGUCUCUCUGCCCUUUUAAUUUAUGCCACUGUGUAGCAGGAAUCCAAAGGGGUUUGUCUGUAUCAAUCACCCCAGCAAAAUCCAUAGGAGGAGCAUUUUUCAGGGAUUCCCUUGUUUUCAUAAACCUGCCUCAGUCCAGAUCUCAUGCACCUCAAUCCAGUCUCUUCCUCUUCCCCUUAAUGUCAAUAGCAGUGAUGGUAUCUAGCGAAUCUUGUUAGCUGGGCUAGGCAGUAUUUGGGUGAAGUGAUGUCGCAUCCCUUUAACACAGGUAUCAGCAAUGCCUUCCCUCUACUCCCACACACUGUGCAUGCAUGAAAAGCAGCUCCCUACUGCCUCUUCCUGGUUAUUUCCUUAGUGAAACUAACUAGACUCCCAAGGGAUUUCAGUUCCGUCUCUGCGUGCUGAUGUUGCUACCUUGAUCCAGCCUGCAGAGGUGUCUGUGUUGGUGGCUAACACAGGACUAGUUGUCUAGUAGCCUUGGGCUUUUUGUGGUUUAAUCUUUACUACUCACAAAAUUGUAACAUUCCCUUUGUAAAAAAUUCGGUGCUACCGUUUUUGGACCUUGUGGGGAAGCGUUUUGAAUUGCUGUUACACAGACCAAAUUCUCUGAGAUCUGGAGGCAGAGAACUCUGUGCCUUUCCUAGGAAGUCUUGUGUGGUGGCUCUUAAUUAACCGGCAACAUUUAGCAAGAACAAAGCAAUAAGGUAUAAAGAGACAACCUCCUUUAUCACUGAACUGUAAUCCUGUUUGCAUGGUACAUACUCAAGUGACCUCUGGCUGUCAGGUAGGGAGACCUCUCAAGGGCUGGGAUUUUAUAUUCUGAACAAGCAUGUGGGGGAGAGGGGAUUGGGGUGGUCCCAAGUGCAGUCAUUUUGUAUUCACAUCACUCAACACUUGUCACAAAUCCACUGCAGUCAGCUUCGUACCAAGCCAUAAAACGUCACUGUUCAUUAUCGCAGCCAUGCUGACCCAACUCUAUUGAAAGCUACUGCGACUUCGUGGAGCUUUUCCCAUUAGGGUGAGGCACAGAGCUGGUGUGGGCUUGCCAGUAGCUAUAUUUACACAGAAUGGAAAGUGCUUUUUCCCCUUCCCGCGGUUUUCUGGCUCUUUGGGAUCCUUUAGCACACUGGAGUGAGCUGGAGACUUUGGCCGGAGGAGGAAAUGAUGACAGCGGUAGUUUUCAAAGCAGUGUAUGGAGCUACACACCCCUGCUGCUGUCUGCUAGCCCUUGGAUCUCAGCCACUCUUAGCCACGGAGUCAGUUGCUGCCCUCCCAUUGCACAUUGCUGUUUAGCAAGAGGAUCCUGGAAAAAGGCAGCUAAGCACACUUCGCUGCAUGCAUGUCAGACACAGGCCUGCUAAACUAACCAUGCUCUCAGACUGCAGGGCUGGGAACCUCUUGUGUUUUGGAGAGGGAUGAUAAAAUAUCUCUGCACCCUGUACACCAGCAGCCUUGCCCAGCCAAGUCAGAGGGCCAGAGAUUUCCAGUCAGCGGGUGGGAAGCCAGGAACUCAAAGCAUAUAGGAAAUAAGGGUUUCAAAGGCUCUUAGCAUCUUCUUUGAAGAGCAGGAAUGCUAGCACCUCCAGUCUGUUUGGCUGUCAGAGCAAGCACCCUCACCAGUUCACUACUGGGGCAUCUCCUGACACGCUUUUUCACAACUGUCUUGGAGCAGGAUUUUCUGAGGACCAAAAAAAUCAACCUUUUUUAAAAAUUAAAAAAAUUCAUAGGGUUCCUAUUUACUUUAUUAACUUACGGAUUUAUUAUAUAAAUAUAUAUUCACCUAGCAUCGUAUAUUACAGUUUUUCUUUGUCAUGUAAUUAAAAUAUUGCUGAUGGUUGUAACAAUGGAAACUGUAACAUUCCAUGCCUUUGUCAUUCAUCCUCUCUCUCCUCUUCCCCGCCCCCCCUUUGGCAUCGGAGGUCGGUAGUCAUGGAAGCAUUUUAUUGUGUUCGCUACUGAAUGUCCUUCAACGGCUGGGGGGGAUGCAAAUGUCCGCAGGUAGGAAGACAGCAAUAGGCAGUAGUCAGCUUUUAUCUGCCUCUGUUAUGUUCUAAAAAAGCUUUGAGGUUUCUGGGAAACCAGCCCUCCUCCCUCUUGGGACAGGACAAUAAAAUGUGUAAUAUUUUUAAGGAUGA